AUGGAAGCGGCCAAAAUUAAUCCUGUCAUUUAUCCUUUAUCACCCUCUCAUAGCUCUACAUUGGAAGAAUUUCCGUUUGAUGAUGACGUGCUAAGAGGUCAUUUGAGUGUUCGUUCACAUUUAGAAGAUUUAGCCAAAAGACAUCCAGAUCUUGCUGGUCAUUUGCGUUGUCCACCUUGGGGAGGUGAACCUAGCUCUAAGAGUUGGAGCCGUAAACGCACUGUGUCUGGAGAAGAUAACGCGCCUGAGGGACCAUCAGAUCUCAAUCACAAUUACAGCGACCAUACUGAUUCUAGUCCUGAUAAAAAACGAUUUGAAGAAAACAUGGAUAAGCAGCACCAGCAUCCGUUCGAAAAUAAUUCAAGAUCUCAGGAAAAUGAUGAUAAACCUCAAAGAUUUGUAUCUAAAUUAGAAUUUACACCAGUAAAUCCUAUUAAUAAUCAAUCUGAAAAUAUUCAACCACAAACACAACCCCAAACUGAUUCAUCCACACCAUCCCACGGAACUCAAAAACAACCUAAUGUGCGACACAUUCCGAUUUAUGUGGAAGGCCGUUCUGAACCAGUGUAUCCAAAGAAUGUUGAUCAAAGAUUUAAUGAAAAUAACAGCUCAACUUUGCCAAAACGAUCUGCUGGUAAACUAACUCCAUUUGCACAACAUCAUUCCUUUCAUGACCAAAAUACUGCACAACGGCGUCAAACCCCACCUUCUCAACAUCGUCAGCAAACUCCUCCACAAGAAACCAGAUCCACUCCUCCACCCACUCCUCGUCAACAAGUUAAACCAGUAGACGCUUUGGAAAAAGUGCAAAUUGUUCAAGCUGAUGUAGAAGAAUUGUUAGUAGCUGUUAAUCAAUUUUCUGGUUCCUCGCGUCUUGACAAGCAAUAUAUUUAUUUGGAUGAAAUGCUUACAAGAAAUUUGAUUAAGCUAGAUACCAUUGAAACUGAAGGAAGAGAUGAUGUACGUAUGGCUAGAAAAAAAGCAAUUAAAACUAUCCAGGAUACAAUUUCUGUUUUAGAAAUUAAAGCUCCUCAACCUCAAGAAGAAUUGACAGUUGAAGAAUUGUCUGGGAAUACAACUGAAACUGCCCAAGUUGAAAAUGAGACUUCAGACACUGAAAAAGUAGAAAGCAAUAAUUAA